AUGGUUGGUCUCGCUUCGGCCGCUGGCCUCGUAGGAUUCCUCUCGGAACCGGAUCCUGAGCUGCGAGUUUUUGCCUUGAAGACUUUGGAUUCUCAGAUCGACCUACUCUGGACGGAGGUCGUGGAUGCUGUCCCCCAAAUAGAGGCGCUCUACGAAGAUGAGUCUUUCCCGGAACGUGAACUUGCCGCCUUGGUUGCGGCCAAAGUUUACUAUCACCUCCAAGAAUAUAAUGAGAGUAUGGUUUUCGCUCUUGGAGCAGGGAAGUUAUUUCAAUUAGACCAAGGUGGCGAGUUUGAGGAGAUGAUUAUUGCCAAAUGUGUCGAUACUUUCAUUUCUCUCUCUGCUGCCAAAAAGCCUGCUGCGGGUGACCAGCCGGUCAAUUUGAACACUGCAUUCCCAACUUCUGGUGAAGGAGCCACGAGCACGUCCGCCAGCCUUACGUCCCCGAUUACUCCAUUCUCGCAGUUAGCUCUGCCAUCAAAAUCAUUACUUUCUCGGCAAGAAGUUCCAGGGGUUGAUGCGGCUUAUCCUGGAGGCGAUGAUGUAAGCGUUAAACAGGUGGAAACACCGUUGGUUAUGCGACGAGGGGUCCAGAGCCAAUUGCAAACUGUUAUCGAGCUCUUAUUUGAACAAUGCUUCCAGCAGAGGCGUUAUCGCCAAGUAAUUGGCAUUGCCAUCGAAGCUAAGAAUCUGGAUGUUCUUCGAAAGGCUAUCCUUCGGGCCAGCGAAGAUGAGAAGAAGGAGAACGGUGAAUCUCGCCGGAGCGAAGAACUCAUGGAAUACGUUCUAGAUAUCUGUAUGGGUAUCGUACAGGAGCGCGCUUUCCGCAACGAGAUCCUGAAACUCAUUCUUGACCUUCUCAACGAAAUCCCCUCGCCAGACUACUUCUCAAUCGCUAAAUGUGUUGUUUAUCUCAACGAGCACUCGAUGGCAUCCGUCAUUCUUCGCCAGUUGGUCGAGAAGGGUGAUGCCCGGUCGCUUGCUGUGGCUUACCAAAUUUCUUUUGACCUUUAUGAUAAUAGCACACAAGAGUUCCUUCAGAAGGUUCGACAGGAAAUCGCCGAGCUUGUGCCGGAAAAGAACGCAACCGAAGCCGAGAGGAAACAGGACACGACAGUAGAUGAAAGUGAGCCGAAGGAGUCUGACCCUUUACUCGAAGACCAGUCCAAUUCUGAACAACCCAAGUCUAUCGGGGUCAAUGAUGACGGGCAAAAAGCCUCGCCCGAAGCACAUACGGCCCUUAAAAAUAUAAUCGACAUUCUUGACGGUAUCAAGUCUAUCCAAUUGAAUUUGGAGUUCUUAUACCGGAGCAACAAGGCCGACAUUUCCAUCCUCAACAAAGUUCGGGAUAGUUUGGAGGCCCGGAAUUCGAUCUUCCACACCGCGGUUACGCUCUCAAAUGCCUUUAUGCAUGCCGGAACCACCCAUGACAAGUUCUUCCGAGACAAUCUGGAGUGGUUAGGCAAGGCAGUUAACUGGUCCAAAUUUACAGCUACAGCCGCUCUUGGUGUCAUCCAUCGCGGCAACUUGAGCCAGGGACAGAAGCUCUUGCAACCGUACCUACCUAGGGAGCAUAUUGCGGGUGUUGGGGGAUCAGGUUCUGUUUACAGCCAAGGUGGUUCUUUGUAUGCGUUUGGUCUGAUCUACGCCAACCAUGGUGGAAUGGCUGUCGAUCUCAUUCGUGACCACUUCAAGAAGGCUACUGAGGAGGUCGUCCAGCAUGGCGGUGCUUUGGGUUUGGGGGUUGCGGGCAUGGCCACCGGCGACGAAGGCAUCUACGAAGAUCUGCGGAACGUUCUCUACACCGACUCGGCACUUAACGGCGAGGCUGUCGGACUCGCUAUGGGUCUGGUCAUGCUGGGGACUGGCAACAUGAAGGUCCUGGAAGAUAUGAUUCAGUAUGCCCAUGAUACGCAGCACGAGAAAAUUGUUCGUGGUUUAGCGAUGGGAAUGGCUCUUAUCAUGUAUGGCCGUCAAGAAGCCGCUGACGAAUUGAUCAAUGGCCUCUUGGGCGACCCUGACCCGACCAUUCGCUAUGGCGGUAUUAUGACGAUCGCCCUUGCUUAUUGCGGCAGUAGCAGCAAUAAAGCCGUCCGUAAACUCCUUCACAUCGCUGUCAGCGACGUUAAUGAUGACGUCCGACGUAUUGCAGUGCUGAGUUUGGGCUUCAUCUUGUUUAGGAAGCACCAGAGCGUGCCUCGUAUGGUGGAGCUGCUUUCUGAGUCGUACAACCCCCAUGUGCGUUAUGGUGCUGCUAUGGCCCUUGGUAUUUCAUGCGCUGGCACCGGGCUCGACGAGGCGAUCGAUCUCCUUGAGCCGAUGCUCAAGGAUUCCACCGACUUUGUGAGGCAGGGAGCCCUGAUUGCCUUAGCCAUGGUUUUGGUCCAGCAAAAUGAAGCCAUGAAUCCCCGAGUGAGCACAUUGCGCAAAGCCAUGAUGAAAAUGAUUGGAGACCGCCACGAGGAUGCCAUGGCCAAGUUUGGUUGUGCGGUUGCUCUUGGCAUCAUCGAUGCUGGUGGCCGGAACUGCACCAUCAGUCUGCAAACACAGACCGGUAACCUGAACAUGCCCGGAAUUGUCGGGGCUGCUGUGUUUAUUCAGUAUUGGUACUGGUUCCCCCUCACUCAUUUCCUGUCGCUCAGUUUCUCCCCUACGUCGGUCAUCGGCGUGGACCAGAAGCUCGAAGUACCUUUCUUCAAGUUCCAUUCGAACACGAAGCCUAGCCUUUUCGAUUACCCACCGGAGCAACAGGUGAAGACUGAAGAGGCACCGGAGAAGAUCAAAACCGCUGUUCUGUCCACCACUGCCCAGGCUAAGCGUCGUGCGCAGCGGCGUGAGAAACAGCAGCGGCGCGAGAGUAUGGAUAUUGACCAGACACCUGCCACACCCAAGGUCUCGGACCAGGCGCCUGAUCGGAUGGACACCGAGGACGGCACAACCAAAGGCGAUGAAGAGGCAAAGGAGGGAGAUAAGGAGCCCAGUGAGGGCCAAAGGAAAAGGGUUGAGCGGGAGAAGGUUGGAUAUGAACUUGAAAAUAUGUCGAGAGUGCUUCCCGCUCAACUCAAGUAUCUGACUUUCCCAGAUCCUCGGUAUGAGCCGGUCAAACGGCCUACUGGUGGAGUGGUUGUGGUCCUGGAUAAGAAGCCCGAUGAAUCGCGAGAGACCAUCGAAAUGAAGGCUAGCAAGGAAGUCAAGCAACCCGCUGCCGCAGGUGAGACGCUGCAGGACCGACUGCAGGCUGCCAUCGGGGCUGCAGCUCUCCAGACGCCUCAACGGGGUGGUCCCGGUCAAAUUUCCAUGGGUGCCGGUCCGACAGCGGGAGCGGCGGCGGCUGCCGGUGUUUUGACAGCAGUGGAUGAGGAUCAAGAAGGCGGCGAGGAGGCCCCCGUUCCUGAAGAGUUCAAGUACGAGUCAGAAGGCGAGGAGUAG